GGUCGCCAUAUUGAAUAUUUAUCAAGGUGAUUCUUGGGUGGUUCUUUGAAAUGUAGGUAUUCUUAGUCUACCUAGUAGGUACCUUUAUAGCAAAUUAGAACACUGCAUUGUAUGUGCUUUAUCCUAUUGUCUCUAAACAAUGCAAUGUUUAUACAGAUUGUCAUUGAAGAAACACUAAGUGCUAAAACAACUGUUCGUGAGUUUAGGUAAUAGAGCAACUACCAUCUCGUGAUGCUUACAGCAAUUUUUCUAGCCGGAUGAGUCAUGUCAAAUGUCCAAAGAGAAUUGAACAUUAUAUAAGACUUAAACCCAAUCCAAUAUUUGGCCUCAACAAAAAUCUCUAUCGCAUCAAGCUCCUGUUAUUUCAAACAAUAACUUCUUGUUAUGGAAAGCUCGUGGACAUUUGUGGAGACUACGCUUCCAUACGUACCACUUCCACCAAAUUCCCAACGUCAGCCAAUCAAAACAAAGCGACUAGUGAUUCGACCUAUACAAGAAAAUGACCUUCAGUCUUACCACGAAUUACGUUCACAGCCAGAAGCAAUGACCGGCACGACACGCGGGACACCUGAUCGGAAUAUGGACGAGUCUCGAGCGGCUAUGAGUGACUUCUUAUCACCAAAAGACAACAAGAGGUUCCUGUUCGGCGUUUUCUUCACGUCCACGGGGGAAUUGAUUGGUGAAGGUGGCGUUCAUAACCUUGAGUCUUCGUCUUGUGGCUGGCCGGAAAUCGGAUACAAAUUUAGAAAAGAAUUUUGGAGACAAGGAUAUGCGACGGAGUUUCUGAAGGCGUUUCUUGAAGCUUGGUGGAGUUUACCCAGGUUCCAUGUCAAACGUCUGGUGUGCUCUUCGUCCAUCCACAGAACAAAGGAUUCUGAAUCGGACACUACAGAACAAGUUUACGCCUACACAGAUGUGAACAAUGUCGGAAGCCGGAAGGUCCUAGAAAAGCUUGGUUUCGCCCAGUUCUCGGAGUGGACGGAGCCAGAUACACAGGAACAUAGGAUUGGUCAGCCAGUGAUGUUGGUGGGAUAUUGCCUUUCUAAGAAGCAGGAUGUUAUUGAGACUUCGGAGUUCCGGUAAUUAGCAGCGACCAAAUGUCAUAUGUGUACUAGGUAAUGUAGGUAGUUGUAGGAAAUAGAACCAAGUAGGGACCUA